AUGGGGAGGUGGUUGUCCCUCGCGUCCGCCCUCACCUUUCGCGCGGGCGCGCUCCCGUCAGCAAAGCGAGAGGGGGGGGGCGCCAGGCGCCUGUUCCAGUUUUUCGUGCGGCGAGCCGCCGAGCAGAUUUUCGGGCUCGUUGGUGCAAAGCCCCACCUGUCAGAGGAGGAGGAGGAGGAAGCUGGACCACCCUGCCGGUGUUCAGUCUUUGCACAGAGGCUGGCUCGUUCGGUCAUAAAAGAGACGCCUCAGUCAGAGGAGGGUCAGAGCAUGUCGCACUCAUGGACCUUACACUGCGUGAGCGUCCCCGCGCCUGCGCGGUCUUGGCCGGCGGCGGCGCGGUGA